GUUUCGGUCAUCGCUCCAGAAAUUUUCUCUUCCUCUUGACCGAUUUCACUUCAAUCAUUCACUGCGUUUAACGCAAUCCCAAAGUGAAGCGAGAAUAUGGCCCCGAAAAAGAAGCCGCAAAACCAAAGCAGCCGAAAAGCCACUUCCGCUUCUUCUUCUUCUUCAUCUAAAGGCAAUCAAUCGUCAUCGUCUGCCCCGCGGCUUCAGAUAUCGGCGGAGAACGAGAACCGACUCCGUCGACUUUUACUCAACUCCGGUCACUCCACCCAAUCACAAAGCGAUCCGAAUCAUCCUCAAGAUUCUCUAUCCAAAGCUCAAAAGGCAAAGAAACUCAAAGCCGUUUACGAGAAGCUUUCUUGCGAAGGUUUUUCUAAUGAUCAAAUUGAACUGGCCCUCUCCUCUCUCAAGGACGGUGCUACUUUUGAAACCGCUCUCGAUUGGUUAUGCUUGAACUUACCUCGACAUGAGCUUCCUCUGAAGUUCUCGAGUGGAACUUCAUUGCAUUCAGAUGGAGGAGGGAAUAUUGGUGUUAUAUCAGUCGAAAAGGAAGACUGGACUCCUUCGGUGGAUGCAUCGACAAGGAUUAAAGAAAACUUACAUGGACUUUCUGUUAGAACCAAGGGCAGUGAAGAUGAGGAUUCUCUAAACACGUGUCAACCAUCACAAGCAGAUUGGAUUCGGCAAUAUAUGGAGCAACACGUGGAGGAUGAAUCCAAAACUUGGGAGGAUGAUGCAAGUGAUGAAGGUUCAGCCAAAGAGGUUUCUGGACCAAGGCCUUAUGAUGUUAUUGCAAAAGAAUACCAUGCAGCACGAUUAGAAGCGACAAAAGCUAAGGAAAAGAGGGAUAAAAAGGGCCAGGAAAGGGCAGGCAGUAUAAUCCGCAAACUCAAGCAAGAGUUAUCUGCCUUAGGAUUAUCAGAUGAUAUCUUAGCAUCAGAAAUUUUGCAUGAACGUGCAUCUGCUUGUGUGUCUGAGGCCACAGCCACUAGUUCCAUGCCUGAAGAGCAGGCUGAGAUAAUAUCUUUUGGGUAUGAAGAAGGCAAUUCUGCAGCCUCUGUGAUAACUUUGGGUGACACAACAGGCAGUGUAAAUGUCACAGAGACUUCUACCAAAUCUGUUCCUUCUUUAUUGCCUGAUCAAGAAAAGGGUGACUCCGAAAAUAUGUCAGAAGAUGUGGAGAUCGGUGAUUUCUUCUUAGAAGAAUCUCCAAUUAAUGAUGCUGUUGCUUCUGAAGUACUAAAAUUGCAGAAGAAAGAAAAGAUGAAAGAACUAUACAAUGAGAACAAUUUGGAGAAAUUGGAUGGAAUCUGGAAGAAGGGAGAAUCAAAAAAGAUUCCUAAGGCUGUUCUUCAUCAAUUAUGUCAAAGAUCAGGGUGGGAGGCACCAAAAUUUGAUAAAAUACCUGCCAAAGGUAAAGGUUUUGCUUAUUCUGUUAGUGUGUUACGUAAAGCUAGCGGGAGGGGCAAGAGCAGAAAAGCUGGGGGGCUAAUCACCCUUCAGCUUCCUAAUGAGCAAGAAGCUUUUGAAUCUGCUGAGGAUUCACAGAACAGAGUUGCAGCAUUUGCUCUUUGUCAGUUGUUUCCAGAUCUUCCAAUUCAGCUAAUAGUCACUGAGCCAUAUUCUUCUCUCAUUUUUCAAUGGAAAGGAGGGGAAUCAUUGACCAAAAUAGAAGACAGUGAGGCAGAUCGAAGGGCUGGUUUUGUGGAUCGGUUAUUGAGUGCCGAUGAUUCCAGGUCAAAGGCUCCUAGUCAUGAUACUAAUUAUUUUGCUUUAGAAGAGCUCCAGAAGACCUACAUUGAAGAUAAUAAAGUCCCUAUUUCUUCUGUAGCUGAUCCAAUAUCUGAAAGGAGAAGCCAUGCAAAAGAAGCAGAAAGUUUAUAUUUGAGACAGGAAGCAGAAAAGAUAAAGCAUACACAGAAAUUCAAGGAGAUGUUGAAAACUAGAGCUGCUCUUCCUAUUGCUGGGUUGAAAAAUUACAUUUUGCAACUGCUAAAGGAAAAUGAUGUUCUUGUUGUUUGUGGUGAAACAGGAUCUGGAAAAACUACGCAGGUUCCUCAGUUUAUAUUGGAUGAUAUGAUCGAAUCGAGACAUGGUGCAGAUUGUAAUAUAAUAUGCACGCAACCAAGGAGAAUAGCGGCAAUUUCUGUUGCUGAGCGAGUUGCUGAUGAGCGUUGUGAACCAUCUCCUGGUUCUAAUGGGUCUUUGGUUGGUUAUCAAGUUCGUCUAGAAAAUGCUAGGAAUGAGAAGACAAAGCUUCUUUUUUGUACAACUGGUAUUCUUCUGAGGAAACUUGCAGGGGAUAAAAGCUUGACUGGUGUUACUCACAUUAUAGUUGAUGAAGUACAUGAACGGUCUCUUUUGGGUGAUUUUCUACUCAUUGUUCUGAAGAACCUGAUUGAGAAGCAAUCUGCCUCUACCACACCCAAACUGAAAAUUAUUCUUAUGUCUGCAACGGUUGAUUCUGAUUUAUUCUCAAAAUAUUUUGGUCUUUGCCCGGUGAUUACUGCACAAGGCCGGACACAUCCUGUGACAACUUGCUUUCUUGAGGAUAUAUAUGAAAGUAUCAAUUAUCACCUUGCUUCAGAUUCUCCUGCUUCUCUAAGAAAUGAAACAUCCACAAGGGAUAUGAGAGGUCCGGUGAACAAUCGUAGAGGAAAGAAAAAUCUUGUCUUGUCUGCAUGGGGUGAUGAUUCCAUGCUUUCGGAGGAGUAUGUAAAUCCUAAUUACAUUUCAAGUAAUUAUCAAACAUAUAGCGGGCAAACACAACAGAAUUUGAAAAGACUGAAUGAAGAUAUUAUUGAUUAUGAUUUGCUUGAAGAUUUAGUUUGUCAUGUAGAUGAAACAUGUGACAAGGGUGCUAUACUAAUCUUUUUGCCGGGAGUUGUAGAAAUUCAUAUGUUACUUGAUAGGCUAGCUGCUGCUUAUCGAUUUGCUGGACCAUCUUCUGACUGGCUUCUGCCUCUACAUUCAUCAAUCGCAUCGGAUGAGCAGAAAAAGGUUUUUUUAAAUCCUCCUGAUGGUAUACGAAAGAUUAUUGUAGCUACAAACAUUGCGGAGACUAGCAUAACAAUUGAUGACGUAGUCUAUGUGAUCGACUGUGGAAAGCAUAAAGAGAAUCGUUAUAAUCCCCAAAAGAAAUUAUCAAGCAUGGUUGAAGAUUGGAUUUCUCGAGCAAACGCUAAGCAACGGAGAGGAAGAGCUGGCCGUGUUAAGCCUGGAAUUUGCUUCUGUUUGUAUACACGGCAUAGAUUUGAAAAGCUCAUGCGUCCAUAUCAAGUGCCUGAAAUGCUUCGGAUGCCUUUAGUAGAGCUCUGUUUACAAAUUAAGCUACUUAACCUAGGUCAGAUAAAGCCUUUCUUAUCCAAGGCUUUGGAGCCACCCAAGGAAGAAGCUAUGAACUCUGCCAUUUCAUUGUUAUAUGAGGUUGGUGCCGUUGAGAGAGAUGAAGAGUUGACACCUCUAGGGCAUCAUUUGGCAAAGCUUCCUGUUGAUGUGUUGAUCGGAAAGAUGCUGCUCUAUGGUGGAAUAUUUGGCUGCUUAUCGCCCAUUCUGUCUAUCUCUGCAUUUCUCAGCUAUAAGUCUCCAUUUUUAUAUCCAAAGGAUGAGAAACAGAAUGUUGAAAGAGCUAAAUUGGCUUUGCUAAGUGACAAGCUGGACGAAUCUAGCAAUUUAAAUGAUGCUGAGAGGCUGUCUGACCACUUGCUAAUGAUGGUUGCAUAUAGGAAGUGGGAAAAGAUUUUCCGUGAGAAAGGAGUAAAAGCUGCUCAGCAGUUUUGCAAGAAGUACUUUUUAAGCAGUUCGGUUAUGUCCAUGACAAGAGACAUGAGAAUACAAUUUGGAACACUGCUAGCAGAUAUAGGAUUCAUCAAUCUUCCAACUAAUCUUCAGAUUGGGAGAAAAAGGAAGGAGAACCUUGAUGGUUGGUUUUCAGAUUACUCACAACCAUUCAAUAUGCAUUCACAUCAUUCUGCAGUUGUGAAGGCAAUACUAUGUGCUGGUUUAUACCCCAAUGUCGCUGCUACGGAGCUGGGCAUUACUGAAGCAGCUCUCAACAGACUUAAACCUAAUCCUACAACAAAGGGCCAUCCAGUCUGGUAUGAUGGAAGACGAGAGGUUCAUAUACACCCUACUUCCAUUAACAGUAGCUUGAAAUCCUUUCAACAUCCAUUUCUCGUCUUCCUUGAAAAGGUUGAAACCAACAAAGUCUUUCUGCGAGAUACUACCAUCAUAUCUCCCUUCUCUAUUUUGCUGUUUGGUGGGUUAAUUAACAUUCAGCAUCAGUCUGGAUUGGUUGCUAUAGAUGGAUGGCUAAAGUUGACAGCGCCUGCUCAAACUGCUGUUCUGUGCAAGGAACUUAGAUCUGCUCUUCAUUCAAUUUUGCAGGAGCUGAUUAGAAAGCCUGAGAAUGCUACGAUUGUAGAUAAUGAGGUAGUGAAGUCUAUGGUUCAUUUGCUGCUAGAAGAAGACAAACCUCCAAAAUAGUUCAGCACCGUAGGUAUGUUGCUUCGAGCUUUUAAGUUAUGGUGGCUAAACUGCAACUACAUAUAUUUUUGAGAAGUGAUCACUGGAAGUAUGCAAGUGAGGUUGAGUUUAAAGGCUCGCCCUUGGUAGCAUCCGAGUUCUCAAAGGAAUUUUCUUUCGCUUAAAUAUUCUGUUGGCCUUGUUUAUUUAUUUCAU